GCUUGAAAACAUAUGUAAGCUUGGGCCUACAGCAUUCUUACGCUUUAGACAUACUGUAAUCAAACAACUUUAUUGCCCCCACCUGUGCCUUACCAAGUCUAUUAACUCCCAAUUAUCCUCCAAGCGAAUUCACCGAACCAUGGCGAAAUGCAAAGAGCAUCCUCUUGAUGUUGAUAUCGAUGAAAAAGACUUGAGCAUCGGACUAACGACUCAUGGUCUUCUCAUUCUUAUCGCUGCUUUAUCGUGUCUUGUGGCAUGCCUGGUCUCGGCCUACCUGAUCUACAAGCAUGCACAAAAUUUCACCAAGCCUUCGCAGCAGAGACAAGUAAUUCGAAUACUCUUCAUGGUGCCUGUGUAUUCCAUUGCAUGCGUCUGCAGUAUACUCUUCUACCGAUAUCACAUUUACAUCGCCGCUACCUACGAGUUCUACGAAUCGCUUGUUAUCGCCGCUUUCUUUCUACUUCUCUGUCAAUUUCUGCACGUCAACAUGACUUCUUUGCAGGCUGAUCUUGCCGGACUUCAGCCAAAGCCCUGGAUACCCCCUAUUCGUUUAGUUGCCUAUUGCUUUGGCAACAGGACAGGGAAGGCUCCAAAUGGCCAAAGAUGGUUCAAUACCAUCUGCGUUGGUAUACUGCAAUUUUGCAUUGUCAAGUUUCUUGGAGCGCUUGUCAAAUGCACCACUGAAGCUGCAGGUGUGUAUUGUAAAGAGUCAAACAACGCUUCACAUGCUAAGAUCUGGGUGAUGGUGAUUGAGAUUAUGUCCUUAGUUUCAGCCAUGAUGUGCCUGCUACAGUUUUACAAGGAAAUCCGUCACCGAAUUGCUGAACAUCAACCCAUGUUGAAGUUUCUGGCUAUCAAGCUAGUUAUCAUGGUGUUCUAUAUCCAAUCAUUUGUCUUCAGUUUUAUCACUAAGCCUGGGGGACCUGUCAAGCCCAGUGAAUACAUAUCCUACCCAUCUUGGGCUGUCGGUAUUCCAAAUACGCUGCUCUGUAUAGAGAUGGCAUUCGCGUCCAUUCUCCACCUCUAUGCCUUCCCGUAUCGUCCAUACCAAAACAGCCAGACUUGUGGUAACGAGGGUUCAGAAGCACUUGGACGAAUGGAUCAAUCAGAAGGCGAGUACCAGGGGCUAAAUACCGCAGACUCUCACUGCGACUCAAUCUGGUCUGAGGGCACCAAGUGGUCUGCCAAACCUCAGACAUCGGUCAGGGGUGCGGUGUUGCAAGCGCUCGGGUUCAAGGAGAUUCUGCAGGGAAUCGGGAAAGCUAUAAAGUGGUUUUUUGUUUUGCGGAGGCGACAACGUUGA